AGCAUUUGCGUUCGAGCCAAUCCAACUCCUUUGCAGCCAUGGUGAAGACAAAAGCCUCAAAGGAGGCUAUGCGGUGGGCGGAUGAUGGAUUGGAAGGUCCGAUUGAGAGAAAGCCGGGCGAGGAAGGCAACGAUUUUGACAUUCGCAUGCAAGAUGAACCUGAUGGCGUGCUUGCAGCCCAGAAGAUUGUGCAAGUGCUUAAGGAACGAGGCUUUUGUUUGGUGCAGGCGAAUGCGCCACCUGAGCUGGUCCAGGCGGCCUUCGAAGAGGCAGAGACACUCUGGGAGGAUGGAGAGUUCAAGCCGCCGAUUCGUGUCCACGAUGACCGGAGCCUUUUAGAAGCACAACUUUGGAGCCACGCGCUUCAGGACGUGGAGAAGAGCGUUUGGAUUCGAGAGGGUGACUCAAGAGCCAUCCAGUUGAUGAAUGCUCUGAAACUCUUGGGUCGCAACAUGGCAGACUUUUGUGCUGGCUUGGGCCCGCUUCUUGAAAAAGAGCUUGGUGUGGCUUUCGACCGGCUCGGUCAGCCCCUACUAACAUGCUACACGGGCGAUGCGACUCACAAGAUACACAUUGACAAUCCUCACGAGGAUGAAAGUAGCCUUCCAGACAACGGAAUGCGUGUUUCGUGCACAUACUACAUCAACCCACACUGGGCCCCAGAAGAAGGAGAACAGGGUGGCAUGGACAUCUUCAUGGUGCCAUCAUCUUCCAGCUCUGCAUCUGGUGCUAGAAAGUGUCCAAGAGUAAGGGUGGCCCCGCACAUGGACACCUUGGUUCUGCACCUGUCCGAGCGCAUCGUUCAUCAGGUUUUGCCCACCAAGGGUUGGAACAUUCGGUGGUAUGCUUUGCAGCUUUGGGGGCUCAACGGCGAUGCCAUGCAGCAGAUGUCCAGGAAAUUACUGGCGAUGCGGCAGCCCUCCAAAGAAGCGGACUCCGAUGAUGACUGAAGCCAAUCGUUCCGCAAAGGUCCCGUUCAGCCAAAGGUUGGAAGCCAUCGCUAGUAGGAUGGAGGCCACCACUAUUGGGGUAGAGGCCGUCGCUAUGAUAUUAGGGUGGAGGCCAUCGCUGUUAGAAGCACAGACCAAAAAAAGAAAAGGAACAAGUUCGGAAUCAGUGAAUAAGAGUCUAUUACAAGUAGUUCCCGGGCAAGCCGGCGGCGGAAGUUUCCUAUAAGAAGAAAUUGACCUAUAGGAGUGUCC